GAAAUGGCUCUUUUUGCAUGACUAUGGUAUUCAAGAGAUUUGAACUGUGUCAGGAAAUUUGUCACUGAAGCACGUUUGGAAAACUACAGAUCCAUUCACAGCUGUUAAACAUAGGUGCCGCCUGAAUUCUCACUAUGUCUGAUGGGGACUACGAUUACCUCAUAAAAUUCCUAGCACUUGGUGAUUCCGGAGUAGGAAAGACCAGCCUUCUUUACCAAUAUACAGAUGGCAAAUUUAAUUCCAAAUUCAUCACAACAGUGGGCAUUGACUUCCGGGAAAAGAGAGUGGUGUAUAGACCCAAUGGGCCAGAUGGUGUUGGUGGCAGAGGACAGAGGAUCCAUCUUCAGCUCUGGGACACUGCAGGGCAGGAAAGGUUUCGUAGCUUGACUACAGCUUUCUUCAGAGAUGCCAUGGGGUUUCUUCUCCUCUUUGAUCUGACAAAUGAGCAAAGCUUUCUGAAUGUCAGGAACUGGAUAAGUCAGCUACAAAUGCAUGCAUAUUGUGAAAACCCAGACAUUGUGUUAUGUGGAAACAAGAGUGACCUGGAGGACCAAAGGAUGGUGAAGGAAGAAGAAGCUAAGGAACUUGCAGAAAAAUAUGGAAUACCAUAUUUUGAAACCAGUGCAGCAAAUGGGAAUAAUGUAAGCAAAGCCAUUGAAACUCUGCUUGACCUCAUUAUGAAGCGCAUGGAACGAUGUGUGGAUAAAUCCUGGAUCCCUGAAGGGGUGGUGCGCUCCAAUGGGCACAGCUCUACAGAACAACUGAAUGAGGAGCAAGAAAAAGGCAGAUGUGGCUGUUAGCCCAGUUACAGUUAACUUUAAUGUGUAUGAUACAGUACAGUUGCAGCUUACCUGUUUAUCUUCAGGACAAAUUGCUUUGUGUAGUUAUUUAAUAAGCUAUAUUAAUUCUUGAUACAAUUUUUUAUUUGCUUUCUCUCAAACAACAUUGAUCUUCACUUGUAAGGUAUGCAGUUUAUUAGUUGUGGGACAGAGGUUUAAUUUGGUUUAGCACUGGAUGUUCCUCUAAUUCUCUACUUGGGGGGGAAAGGGGAGGAAAGGAAUUUUUAUUACCAAAUUCAGAAACAUGUCUCUGUGGACAGCCAGAAAAGGGUAGGCUUCUGAGUUGAAGGGCUUGCAGUUGUUCUUGGCAGUCUCCAUUAACUACACAAGUAGGCAUUUAGAUUAGAUAUUGUGACAGCUCUUGGUGUGCCCUAACAGCAAGAUAACCAGUUUGCUUCUUGGUUUUAAACAGAAGCAUUUAAUAAUUUCACCAACUAAUAACAAUCUUAAAGAGCACAUCCUGUGUUUUCCACAAAAGCCUGUGAGUAGUAUUUCCUUGCUCUCCUAAUCCAUCAGUUUUCAGUGAUGAAAACCUAAGGGAAGCUCUUCAGUACAGAAUAAGAAGCUCCAGAGAAACACAGGGGUGUGCACAUAGAGCACUUGGGGCAUGUCAUGUAAUUGAACAUGUAAACUACAACUGUACUAUAUGAAAUAUAUCCAACGCAGCCUUUGAGAUCUCCUGACAUCAUCUGAAUUUCUAGAACAUGCAUGUACGUAAAUGUAUAUGUAAAUGGCAUAACUGUGCAUCUGUUAUGUUUCUUUCAUAUUGCUCCUCGUGUUUUAACAGGAAUACAGGGCAACCUAGAUGUCAGGAAAAUUUCAUCAGAGUUGGUGCUCUGCACUGAAUUUGUAUUACCAAACACAUAUUGAGAAUGUUUCUUCAAAUUUGGAUUAAAAAAAUGAAUGAUUAUUUUCUUCUGGUGAGAUGCAGCUAAGAUAUUAGUCCUGUAGAUCAGUAUCUCUAUGAAUUUAGAAUACUCAUUUUAUUCUGCCAACCUUUGUGUCCUGAACAUCUUGAUUUUCAUAUAGUCAUUUAUGGCUUGUUCAUUUCCUUUAGAUUGUAUUUUAAAAAGAAUAGAGUUAGUUUUCUUCCCCCCCUCCCCCCCCACUAUGGAUCACAUAAAUGUAAUUUUUGGUUUCAGUGGAUCAUGUUACUCUAACCAUUUUUAUUUAUUCAUAUGACCUAGGAAACAAUCAGUAUUUUUUGGGCUUUUGCCCAGACUGAUUUAUAAGAUGUGCCUACCAAACUGUUUUCUACCCUGGCAGAGGUUGUAUAAUUGUAAGGUAUUGCCAAUUAAAGUCAUAACAUGCCAAAAUGAGUCUUGUUACAGACCUUCCACAGCAGCUUGUUUACAGAACUCCAAAGCUAUUGCUUAUUUAGAAAUUAUGUAUUUAUUUAUUUAAAUAUUCUAACUACUGCAUUUUCAGGCAAGUAUCGAUACCAGUUAUGAACAUGAAUUGCAGCAUAACAAAAUUUUUGAAGGAAGGACCAAAAAUGUUUCUAGAAUAGGAUAUAAGGAAAAAAAAUGAUGUAGCUUCCAGUUAUAUCAAUUAAUACAAGAAUAAGUGUUAAAACUUGGUUCUUAAAAUAUUUUACACAGUAAUGCAUUGUUCUUUAACAAACACAACGUGUAAAUAUUAGAUUUUUAUCACAGCCUACACAAAAUAUUUUAAAAGUGCAAUAUAAUUAGACUGCUCUGGGGCUAAGACAGAGAUAAAAGAAAUUUAUAUGAGUAUAGGGUUUUGGUUUUUUCUACUCCACUUCUAAAAUGCUUGUAGACCGGAGUUACUGUAGUUUAAUUCAGAGUGCCUUUUGAAGUUACCAUCAUGUUUCUGACCAGUAGAGUAAGAAACUCUAGUGUAAGACACAAUGCAUUUCAAUGUACUUCAGUGUCUGAAUUUCUUUUAAUGUAACUCUUUGCUUUUCAGAGGGUUGCAGUGGAACUUGUCAUGCAUUAACUUAAAAUGGGAGUUUUCAUGCUUAUAGCUCCAUCCAGUUCCUGAAAACUUUAAGGAUUAUUGCAACCAGCUAUUGAAUUAAGU